GCGACGGGGGAGCGAUGGACCCGGCGCCCUCGCUGGGCUGCAGCCUCAAGGAUGUGAAGUGGAGCUCGGUGGCCGUGCCGCUCGACCUGCUGGUCAGCACUUACCGGUUGCCCCAGAUCGCGCGGCUGGACAGCGGAGAAUGCAUAGAAGGGCUGCGGGAAAACGACUACCUUCUGAUUCAUUCGUGCCGUCAGUGGACCACCAUCACUGCCCAUAGCCUGGAGGAGGGACACUAUGUCAUUGGGCCAAAGAUAGAGAUUCCAGUACAUUAUGCAGGGCAAUUCAAGCUGCUGGAGCAAGACCGAGAUAUAAAGGAGCCAGUGCAAUAUUUCAACAGUGUGGAGGAGGUGGCUAAAGCAUUUCCUGAACGCGUGUACGUCAUGGAGGAAAUAACAUUCAACGUGAAGGUUGCCUCUGGUGAAUGCAAUGAGGACACGGAAGUUUACAACAUCACCCUGUGUACUGGAGAUGAGCUCACUCUCAUGGGGCAGGCAGAAAUCCUUUAUGCAAAGACUUUCAAGGAAAAGUCACGACUCAACACAAUCUUCAAAAAGAUUGGGAAGCUCAACUCCAUCAGCAAGCUGGGAAAAGGCAAAAUGCCGUGCCUCAUUUGCAUGAACCACCGGACCAACGAAAGCAUCAGCCUUCCCUUCCAGUGCAAAGGCAGAUUCAGCACCCGAAGUCCUCUGGAACUUCAGAUGCAGGAGGGCGAGCACACCAUCCGCAACAUCGUGGAGAAAACCAGGCUUCCCGUGAACGUGACUGUGCCAAGCCCUCCGCCCAGGAACCCCUACGACCUCCACUUCAUCCGCGAGGGGCACCGCUACAAGUUUGUGAAUAUCCAGACCAAGACGGUGGUGGUUUGCUGUGUGCUACGGAACAACAAGAUCCUCCCCAUGCACUUCCCUUUACACUUGACCGUUCCCAAGUUCAGCCUCCCAGAACACAUGGUGAAGGGGGAGGUGUGGCCCGAAACCCUGAUCCAUCACUGGCUGGGUAUCUGCCAAGAGCAGUUUGACAUCGACGAGUAUUCACGGGCUGUCCGUGAUGUGAAAACCGACUGGAAUGAGGACUGCAAGAGCCCCAAGAAGGGCCGGUGCUCUGGCCACAACCAUGUGCCCAAUUCCCUUAGCUAUGCCCGCGAUGAGCUCACCCAGUCCUUCCACCGGCUUUCCGUCUGUGUGUAUGGCAACAAUCUCCAUGGCAACAGCGAGGUCAACCUCCACGGCUGCAGGGACCUGGGGGGAGAGUGGGCCCCCUUUCCUCAUGACAUCCUGCCCUAUCAGGACUCUGGUGAUAGUGGGAGCGACUACCUUUUCCCAGAAGCUAACGAAGACUCCACGGGCCUCCCAGGCAAGUCAGAACUUCCUUACGAAGAGCUGUGGCUGGAGGAAGGCAAGCCCAGCCAGCAGCCUCUCACCCGCUCCCUGAGUGAGAAGAGCAGAUGUGAGCAGUUUCGAGGCUCUGGCCGGUCCAAAUGUGCAACCUCUCCUCUUCCUGUCCCUGGGACUCUGGGAGCCGCAGUGAAGUCUUCAGAUAUUGCCCUACCUCCACCUCCAGUGCCUCCCAAAUCUGAAGCUGUCAGGGAAGAAUGCCGGCUCCUGAACGCCCCACCUGUUCCGCCCCGAAGUGCAAAGCCUUUGUCCACGAGCCCCUCCGUCCCUCCUCGCACGGUCAAGCCAGCGCGGCCGCAGACUCGCUCUCCCAGCCCCACUUUGUCCUACUACUCUUCGGGACUGCACAACAUCGUGACUAAAAGUGACACAAGUCCUUCUGAAAGUGCUCCCGUUUCCUGUUAUCCAUGCAGCCGAGGGAAAACAGAUUCUGUGGACCUGAAGUCCCCAUUCGGAAGUCCUUCUGCAGAACCGCUGUCCUCCAGGCUCUCGUGGCCUAACCACUAUUCGGGAGCAUCCGAGAGCCAGACCCGGAGCGACUUCCUGCUGGAUCCGAGCAGGAGUUACAGUUACCCUCGACAGAAGACGCCAGGCACACCAAAGAGAAACUGCCCAGCACCCUUUGACUUCGACGGCUGUGAGCCCCUGAGCAGCCCUCCUGGCUCGGUCACGGCAGAAUUCAGUACCAGCAUCUCCGGUUGUCCCAAGUCAGCCAGCUACUCCCUGGAGAGCACGGAUGAGGGCACUGUCCCGGCUGGCAUGACAAAGCAGAGCGUCUCAUGCCCUGCGUUACCCCCCAGGGCUCCAAAACCAGUGGAAGAGAAAGCGGCCUCGGAAACAUCUCCUCUGCCUCUGAAAAUCGAUGGUGCUGAGGAAGACCCCGAGCUGGGGUCGCCAGACCGCUCUGAGGACCAGUAUUUUGUUAAAAAGGGCGUGCAGGACAUCUUCUCCGUCUCCUACCCUUUCUCGUCUCCGCUGCAUCUCCAGCUGGCCCCCAGGUCCUGUGGGGACGGCUCCCCAUGGCAGCCACCUGCCGAUCUGUCGGGACUCUCUGUAGAAGAAGUGUCCAAGUCCCUAAGGUUCAUUGGUUUGUCUGAAGACGUCAUAUCAUUCUUCGUUACUGAAAAGAUUGACGGGAAUUUGCUUGUUCAGCUAACAGAAGAGAUCCUCUCAGAGGAUUUCAAACUGAGCAAACUGCAGGUGAAGAAGAUAAUGCAGUUCAUUAAUGGCUGGAGGCCCAAAAUAUAGCCAAAUACCCCCCCAGCUAGCACAGAGCAGAACUGCUCACUGCAUGUGCUGCCAGGGCUGAGCUGGGGCACAGUUUCAUGUUUUUGCACUACAAACCUUCUCUGUAAAUAAGGAUGAGAGAAACUUACUAUGCAGAUUACGUUUUUGAAUGGUGAGCAGGCUAUUUUGUACAUCAAUAAAAAUGCUGUACAGAACACUUAGAGGUGUGCCUUGUACGUCACUCAACACUCAGCAGCUGCUAGAAGGAGAAAAAGGCGUGUUCAGAGAAAUCACUGUUCCCCAAGUAGGUUUAUGUGAGAAGGUAUGAUAUUUAUCACAAAAUAGCCAAAGCUGAAAGACAGGAAAAUCUUUAAAAAAAAAAAAACACUUCUGAACAACAAUUCCCUUUCUUGGAGGGAGUUGACUUUAGACAAUUAACUGUAUAUUCUGUGUUCUGUCAUUUGGAUUGCUUAAUGCUGGUUGUUUUACUCUUGUGCCUGAAAAUGUUCGCAAUAUGAAAUGACACUUUAAUGUUACAUGCUUGGUGGGGAUCUUUUUACCAAAUGGCAUUUUGGCAAAAGUCAUGUGUUGAUAGAGGAUUUAUCAACUCGUUUCUAAGGAUGUUCUUAGAAAUACAAGUCAGUCAUGACCACAGUGAUUUAUCUGUAACCAUUGCUGAUUGUAUUAAGCAGAGAAAAAACAAAAUAUGCGUGUAUGUCCGUAUCUACAAGUAUAGGUACACAAUAUACACAUAUAUGUAAACUGAAUUUUGAAUCUGAUAUUUUUUAGAUAACAUCCGUUCACUUUCAUUUAUCCACUGAGGUAGGGGACCAUUGGCUAAGUCGAUUCUCUUAGGAAUAGUGGACAGGAUGAUUCAAAGACUCUCAGAAUCCAGUCACAUGAAAACUUUCCUUCCAUCAUGGAAAACUUGCAACAAGUCAGGGGAGGGUCUGUACUGAACAAUAAGUUUGUCAACCCAUUGUCUGGCUGGUUUUUUUGCAUAUCUACUUCCAUGCUAAUGUCUGGGGAAAUGACAGUUUCUGGCGAAUGCUACUUCUCGAGUUGAAGGGGCUUCGCCCUCUGUCCGAUGGUGAAAGUAUGCAGGUAUCCUCAGCAUGCUUCAUGCUCCAGGAAGACUCAGAAAUCGGAUGUACCAUCGUGUACUGCCGUGUGUGCUGCAUAUGUGGAAUAAUUUUAAACAUACAAAUAAGAGUGUUUAUUUUAUAACCUUGUCUUUCCUCUCUUCCAAAGAAAACACAUUAUGAUUAGCAUUCCAAGAAUCCCAGGACAUUAAUCUGAGAAUUUUUUUGCUAAAUGUGAUCAAAUAGUCUAAAAUAUCAUGGUAUCAUCAGCAUUCCUGACUCCCUGAAGGGAUAUAAAUCUUAGAAGAGUUUUAGUUCUCUGAGCAAGCUGUCGUCCAAACAGCCCUACCUCCUGUGAAAAGUCUGUCCCUGGAUUCUGGACGUACAGACCUGUGACCAAGGUGCACACUGUGGCCUUUUGGAUGAGAUCAAUAAGCCAACAAGGUGUUAGCAUCACUUGCAAGAUUGGGUCAUAUUGUAUUAUCUCCUCUUCCUGCUCACCAGUCUAGUUUUGUUAGACCUGUGGACUAUGUCUCUUAAUUCUUGGCAUUAGAAAGAUAUUUUUUAAUCCAUCUACUGGUUUAGAGUGCAAGCAAAUUGAUACCUAUUCUAAUUUUCCAUCUUAGAUCUCCUUUUCUUAAAGUGUUUAUUUUCUUCUAAUAUGUCUCCCAAAAUGUAGAUGUUUUGUUCAAGGUAAAAAUAGUACCCUGUAAAACUGUCAAACAGGAGUACCUCCUAAGUAACUGACAGAUCUAUGAAGAGGUUUCCAGUACUGCACGCCACACGACAGGGGACCAAUCAGACCUUCAUGUUUCAAAAACAUCCCUCCAUGAGAGGGAAAGAGGUAACCUCUCAGGACUUCCCUUUAAAAUGAAAACAGAUAAGAUACAGUUGAAAAGCUUUGCAUUUUUGUUGGCUGAAUGCAUUCUAAAACACUUGGACAUGAUUCUAAGACUCGGGAGGAAGAAAAUGAGUUGGUUUGGGAUUCCCAGGAUGGUUACCCACUAUAAUCAGCUGACUCCUUUCAUCUUUUCUCCUUUGCAAAGACUUUACAGAAACAACAGCGGUUUUCUUUCUGUCCAUUUGUUGUAGUCCUGGCAUAUUUAUGCCAAGUUGGCAUUGAUUGACAAUUUAGAGACUCUGAAGGCAAGGAUUGUGGUCUUUGAUUCACUUGUGCAACAAACAUUGAUUGAGCACCUUUUGUGUGCCAGAUACUCCCCUGGUAUCACAUGGCAAUUCUGAAAACAAGACCCAGCCCCUUUCCUCUCCGAGCUUAUAUUGUUUAUAUUUAAAAAUCACAGUUGCUGAGACUAUGUGUGUGUGGGUAAGACAGGCAUGAAAUCCUCUGGGCAGCUGGAGGUAUGGAGACUUAAGUGUGUGCUGUCUUUAAAGAGCCCGCAGUUGGAAGAAAUGGCAGCCUCUGUUACAGGCUACAAAAUAAAAACCCCAAGACCAAGGCCAUUAAAACUUGGAAUCUGUUGGAGACAGAAGGUACCUGUGUCUCUCAUUAUUGUUUUUCUGACUUGGAAUUUGUCUAAUUGUAAUAAAUACCUUCUGGCAUCUCCCAAGGUGCACAUCAAUGUAAUCACCACUGCUGAGCUGGGCUCCUGUCUGAGGAAGACCUUGACUAGACAAAGGCAUUCAGAUCCCCGAGGGAAUCAUGACAAGAAGUGCAGCAGUUCUUGGUUCUUCCCUUCUGAGAGCUGUGAUUUUGCAGUGAAAAGCGAUGUGCAGAGAUCCCCACAAGCAGAGCCUUUGCUAACCAACCAGGUCAAGCUGACUGCACCUCCUUCUGGCAAUUUCCCUGCAAUUGGAACAGUGACCACGGUGCUUGGGGGCAAUGUCUGUCUAAACAGGACCUUUUUGGUGUCCAUAAAAUCAUGGCUAAAAUCAUCAUUUCCCCCAUAAGAAAAGAAAAUCAGCAAUAAACCAAGCCAAGCAGCUAAAAUGCAAAAUGUGGACCUGACUUGCUGGGAGGGAGAAGUCAAACAAUCAGAUCAAUUCCAUCUCAGACUCUUGUAAACGCCUCCAAGUUCUCUCUUCUGUAAGUUGAGCUGCUCAGCUUUAUGAACUGUGAAAUGUACACUUCCACUCUUUCUACCCACAUAGACUGUUCCAAGUUUAUGAAGUCGAAUGAACUUCCCAUUCAGCUAAGUGGCGAUGUUUAUUCUUGUCUCCUAUAGAAAUACAGCAAUCUUGUGGGAUUAUGACAGUCCAUUCCAACUGUUUCCAGACACACACAUGAACAGCUUCCACUCACAUUCCAGAACCACCCGCACAUAAUCCAUACAGCUCCCGGAGAAAUUUAGGGAGUGGGUGUGGAAUAGAAGGUCCUCCAUUUUCCAGAAAUUUUGUAUAAUAAGUCACUACUCAUCCUGCCUAACUAUGUAUAUGAUUAACGUUUUGAAUAAAAAACUAGAAAAAAUAAUUCUUGGGGAACCCUUCAGAGGAAAUUUUAAUUUCAGUCUUCUAUGAAACUCUUCUGUUGGAUACACAAGGCUAUCAGAAACAUCCAUUCUAUCAAUUUCUACUAUUUUUCUAGUAAUCUAAAGGCUGCUAAGGCAAGAGUAAACAGUUCAGAAUGCAAAUGAUGGGAAGGAGGACUUUCCUCCCGUGGGGUUGUAAUAUUGGGGUUAUAAAAGGAUUCUUAUGGCCUCAUCAUAUUAAAAUCACAUCAUUUAGUCUUCGAAGCUUGGUGUUUUAAAAUAUGUCUCAUUGUGAUAGCCAGAAAUAAGAAGUAAAUGUGAUUUCAGUUAAACCUAUAUACAAAUAUCUUCUGUAAUUUUGCUGCUCUAAUUUUUAGCCUAUGAAUUUUGUAAUAGAGCUUAUCAAAUUGCGGAUUUCCUUUGUUUACAAUCUCAUGUAGUAGGGCUCAGAUAAUUUCUUAGCUAUGAACCUUUUCUCCCAUUUUCAUAUUAAGUUCCAUUUAAAAUAGUUUAAGCCUCAAAAUUGAGCUCAAUUAAGAAUUUGGGUUUUUUUUUUUCCUUAACUCAAAUGAAUCUGGCGUAUUCUCUGAAAGUAUUUUGUAACUGCCUCUCCAGUGACUUUGCUUGGAAAACUUAGAUUGUUAACUACAAGUUAACAGUUGCAUUACUUCCCAGGCAUUAUCUAAUGGGCCCAAUGUGUACCUCAAGAUAAACACAGUAUAUUAUAUCUAAGAAAAUUUGUUGUCUGUUGAUUUAAAUGGUUCUGAAAUGUCUAUAAAUAAAUGAAUGUUCAAAGUUG